GCCGCCCCGCCUCUCCCCGGCGCGGCGCAAGGAGGGAGGGAGAAGGGCCCGCUGGAAGUUAAGAUGGCGGCGCGUGUGUGAGUGCGGUGCGGGCUGAGCCUCUUCGCGGCGCUCCGCUGCGGGCCCCCUCUUUCCCCGCGCCCCGCGUCGCCGCGGGCGAGCCGAGGACUCCGCCGGCGGCCACGAGCGCCCGCGGGGGAGGGAAAGACGCCGAGCGCCCCCUCCCCCCGCCGCCCCCCCGCCCCCAUUGUGUGCCCGGCCCCGGCCCGCCUGCCUCCCUGCGCCGCGGGGGGCAGCGGCGGCGGCGCGGAACAUGACCUCGAUCCACUUCGUGGUGCACCCGCUCCCGGGCACCGAGGACCAGCUCAAUGACCGAUUAAGGGAAGUUUCAGAGAAGCUGAACAAAUAUAAUUUAAACAGCCACCCCCCUUUGAAUGUAUUGGAACAGGCUACUAUUAAACAGUGUGUGGUGGGACCAAAUCAUGCUGCAUUUCUUCUUGAGGAUGGUAGAGUCUGCAGGAUUGGUUUUUCAGUUCAGCCAGACAGAUUGGAAUUGGGUAAACCUGAUAAUAAUGAUGGUUCAAAGUUGAGCAGUGGCUCAGGGGCAGGAAGGACAUCCAGGCCAGGCAGGACUAGUGACUCCCCAUGGUUUCUGUCUGGUUCUGAAACUCUGGGCAGACUGGCAGGCAACACCCUUGGAAGCCGCUGGAGUUCAGGAGUUGGUGGAAGUGGAGGAGGAUCUUCUGGUAGAUCAUCUGCUGGAGCUCGGGAUUCCCGAAGGCAGACCAGAGUUAUACGCACAGGACGAGACAGGGGAUCUGGACUGCUGGGGAGUCAGCCACAACCAGUGAUUCCAGCAUCAGUCAUUCCAGAGGAACUCAUUUCACAGGCACAAGUUGUUUUACAAGGGAAGUCCAGAAGUAUUAUUAUUCGGGAACUCCAGCGAACAAAUCUUGAUGUAAACCUCGCUGUAAAUAAUUUGUUGAGUCGUGAUGAUGAAGAUGGAGAUGAUGGGGAUGACACAGCAAGUGAAUCAUACCUUCCUGGAGAGGAUCUUAUGUCUCUUCUGGAUGCUGACAUACAUUCUGCUCACCCAAGUGUCAUUAUUGAUGCUGAUGCUAUGUUUUCAGAAGAUAUUAGUUACUUUGGUUAUCCAUCCUUUCGGCGCUCAUCACUUUCCAGGCUAGGCUCAUCCAGAGUUCUCCUUCUUCCCUUAGAGAGAGACUCUGAGCUGUUGCGUGAACGUGAGUCCGUUUUACGUUUGCGUGAACGAAGGUGGCUUGACGGAGCCUCAUUUGAUAAUGAAAGAGGCUCUACAAGUAAGGAAGGGGAACCAAACCUGGACAAGAAGAAUACACCAGUUCAAAGUCCUGUUUCUUUAGGAGAAGACUUGCAGUGGUGGCCGGACAAGGAUGGAACAAAGUUUGUUUCUAUUGGAGCUCUAUAUUCUGAGCUUGUGGCAGUUAGCAGUAAAGGAGAACUCUAUCAAUGGAAGUGGAGUGAAUCAGAGCCUUAUAGAAAUGCACAGAAUCCUUCGCUACAUCAUCCACGAGCCAUGUUCUUGGGAUUAACCAAUGAAAAGAUAGUACUUCUUUCUGCAAAUAGUAUUAGAGCAACUGUUGCCACUGAAAAUAACAAGGUUGCUACCUGGGUGGAUGAAACUUUAAGCUCAGUAGCUUCUAAAUUAGAACACACUGCACAGACGUACUCAGAGCUUCAGGGAGAGCGGAUUGUUUCCUUACAUUGUUGUGCUCUCUAUACAUGUGCUCAGCUAGAGAACAACUUAUAUUGGUGGGGAGUAGUUCCUUUCAGCCAAAGGAAGAAAAUGCUAGAAAAGGCCAGAGCAAAAAAUAAAAAGCCCAAAUCUAGUGCUGGUAUUUCCUCGAUGCCAAACAUAACUGUUGGAACACAGGUGUGUUUAAGAAAUAACCCCCUCUAUCAUGCUGGAGCAGUUGCUUUUUCAAUCAAUGCUGGAAUUCCUAAAGUGGGUGUCUUAAUGGAAUCUGUUUGGAACAUGAAUGAUAGCUGUCGAUUUCAGCUUCGGUCACCAGAGAGCUUGAAAAACAUGGAGAAAGCUAGCAAAACUACUGAGGCAAAGCCUGAAAGCAAACAAGAACCAGUGAAAACUGAGAUGGGUCCUCCUCCAUCCCCAGCUUCUACCUGUAGUGAUGCAUCCUCAAUAGCAAGCAGUGCAUCAAUGCCAUAUAAACGACGACGAUCUACUCCUGCCCCAAAAGAGGAGGAGAAAGUGAAUGAAGAGCAGUGGUCUCUGAGGGAAGUUGUGUUUGUGGAAGAUGUUAAGAAUGUUCCUGUUGGCAAGGUGCUAAAAGUGGAUGGUGCUUAUGUUGCUGUGAAAUUUCCAGGCACCUCCAGUAAUGCAAGCUGUCAGAGCAGUUCUAAUUCGGAUCCUGAUCCUUCCUCUCUUCUCCAAGAUUGUAGGCUGCUCAGAAUAGAUGAACUGCAGGUAGUAAAGACUGGUGGAACUCCAAAAGUUCCCGACUGUUUUCAAAGGACUCCUAAAAAGCUAUGUAUUCCUGAAAAAACAGAGAUUCUAGCAGUAAAUGUAGAUUCAAAAGGAGUGCAUGCUGUCCUGAAAACUGGGAACUGGGUUCGAUACUGUAUAUUUGACCUUGCUACAGGAAAGGCUGAACAGGAAAAUAAUUUCCCUACUAGCAGCAUUGCGUUCCUGGGUCAGAAUGAGAGAAGUGUUGCCAUUUUUACAGCUGGACAGGAAUCUCCUAUUAUUCUUAGAGAUGGAAAUGGUACUAUCUAUCCAAUGGCAAAAGACUGCAUGGGUGGGAUAAGAGACCCUGACUGGCUUGAUCUUCCACCUAUUAGUAGUCUCGGAAUGGGUGUUCAUUCCUUAACAAAUCUUCCUGCUAACUCAACCAUCAAGAAGAAAGCCGCUAUAAUCAUUAUGGCUGUUGAGAAACAAACUUUAAUGCAGCAUAUUCUCCGAUGUGACUAUGAGGCUUGCAGACAGUACCUGAUGAAUCUUGAGCAAGCAGUUGUCUUGGAUCAGAAUCCACAAGUGCUGCAGACGUUCCUUGGCCACAGAUGUGAUGGAAACCGCAAUAUUCUGCAUGCUUGUGUGUCUGUAUGCUUUCCAACUAGCAACAAAGAAACAAAAGAGGAAGAGGAAGCAGAGCGCUCUGAAAGGAAUACAUUUGCUGAGAGGCUGUCAGCUGUUGAAGCUAUUGCAAAUGCAAUCUCAGUUGUGUCAAGUAAUGGUCCGGGAAAUCGGGCAGGGUCAUCAAGCAGCAGAAGUUUGAGAUUAAGAGAAAUGAUGAGAAGAUCCUUGAGAGCUGCUGGAUUGGGUAGACAUGAAGCUAGUGCUUCAUCAAGUGAUCACCAGGAUCCAGUUUCUCCUCCAAUAGCUCCUCCCAGCUGGGUUCCAGAUCCUCCUGCCAUGGAUCCAGAUGGUGACAUUGAUUUUAUCCUGGCCCCCGCUGUGGGAUCUCUUACCACAGCAGCGACUGGCACCAGCCAAGGACCUAGCACCUCCACUAUACCAGGUCCUUCUACUGAACCAUCUGUAGUGGAAUCAAAGGAUCGGAAGGCAAAUGCUCAUUUCAUACUGAAAUUACUAUGUGAUAGUGUUGUUUUACAACCCUACCUUCGAGAAUUGCUGUCAGCCAAGGAUGCAAGAGGCAUGACGCCGUUUAUGUCAGCAGUUAGUGGCAGGGCAUAUCCUGCUGCAAUUACAAUUCUAGAAACUGCGCAGAAAAUUGCUAAAGCUGAAGCAACUUCAAGUGAAAAAGAAGAUGAUGUGUUUAUGGGAAUGGUUUGUCCUUCUGGUACAAAUCCAGAUGAUUCUCCUUUGUAUGUUUUGUGUUGUAAUGAUACAUGCAGUUUUACGUGGACUGGUGCAGAACAUAUUAAUCAAGAUAUAUUUGAGUGCCGAACAUGUGGCUUACUGGAAUCUCUUUGUUGCUGCACGGAAUGUGCAAGGGUUUGCCACAAAGGACAUGACUGCAAGCUCAAACGAACAUCCCCGACAGCCUACUGUGAUUGCUGGGAAAAGUGCAAGUGUAAAACACUAAUUGCAGGACAAAAAUCUGCUCGCCUUGAUCUACUUUAUCGACUGCUUACCACAACAAAUCUUGUUACUAUGCCAAAUAGCAGGGGAGAACAUCUUCUGCUGUUUUUAGUACAGACAGUUGCCAGGCAAACAGUGGAACACUGCCAGUACAGACCACCUAGAAUUAGGGAAGAUCGUAAUCGUAAAACUGCAAAUCCUGAAGAUUCUGAUAUGCCUGAUCAUGAUUUAGAACCUCCUCGAUUUGCCCAGCUUGCUUUGGAACGUGUUUUGCAAGACUGGAAUGCACUGAAGUCUAUGAUCAUGUUUGGCUCCCAGGAAAAUAAAGACCCUCUUAGUGCAAGCAGUAGGAUAGGUCAUCUUUUGCCUGAAGAACAAGUUUACCUUAAUCAGCAAAGUGGAACUAUUCGCUUGGACUGUUUCACACACUGCCUUAUUGUCAAGUGUACAGCAGAUAUUUUGCUUUUAGAUACUUUGCUGGGUACUUUGGUAAAGGAGUUGCAAAACAAAUACACACCAGGACGUCGAGAAGAAGCUAUUGCUGUUACAAUGAGAUUCCUGCGUUCUGUGGCAAGAGUGUUUGUCAUUCUUAGUGUGGAAAUGGCUUCCUCAAAAAAGAAAAACAAUUUUAUUCCACAGCCAAUUGGAAAAUGUAAGCGUGUGUUCCAGGCAUUAUUGCCCUAUGCUGUCGAAGAGUUGUGCAAUGUAGCAGAAUCUCUAAUUAUUCCAGUCAGGAUGGGAAUUGCACGUCCUACAGCACCCUUUACUCUUGCUAGCACUAGUAUAGAUGCCAUGCAGGGAAGUGAAGAACUGUUUUCAGUAGAGCCUCUACCACCUAGGCCGUCAUCUGACCAGUCUAGCAGUUCCAGUCAGUCUCAGUCAUCCUACAUCAUAAGGAAUCCUCAGCAAAGACGUAUCAGCCAGUCACAGCCGGUUCGUGGCAGGGAUGAAGAACAAGACGAUAUAGUUUCAGCAGAUGUGGAAGAGGUUGAGGUAGUUGAGGGGGUAGCUGGUGAAGAGGAUCAUCAUGAUGAACAAGAAGAACAUGGUGAAGAAAAUGCUGAAGCAGAAGGACAGCACGAUGAGCAUGAUGAAGAUGGCAGUGAUAUGGAGUUGGAUCUGCUGGCUGCAGCUGAAACAGAAAGUGACAGUGAGAGUAACCACAGUAAUCAGGACAAUGCUAGUGGGCGCAGAAGUGUUGUCACUGCAGCUACUGCUGGGUCAGAAGCAGGAGCUAGCAGUGUUCCAGCAUUCUUUUCUGAAGAUGAUUCUCAGUCAAAUGAUUCCAGUGAUUCUGAUAGCAGCAGCAGUCAAAGUGAUGACAUAGAGCAGGAGACCUUCAUGCUUGAUGAACCUCUGGAACGAACCACAAAUAGCUCACAUGCCAAUGGUGCUGCCCAAGCUCCCCGUUCAAUGCAGUGGGCUGUUCGUAAUACUCAAAACCAGCGAACUACUAGCACUGCUCCUUCUAGUACAUCAGCCCCAGCAGCAAGUUCAGCAGGCUUGAUUUACAUUGAUCCAUCAAACCUGCGCCGGAGUGGUACCAUCAGUACAAGUGCUGCAGCAGCAGCUGCUGCUCUUGAAGCCAGCAAUGCAAGCAGCUAUUUAACUUCUGCAAGCAGCUUAGCAAGGGCAUACAGUAUUGUGAUACGACAGAUAUCUGAUCUGAUGGGUCUGAUUCCCAAGUACAAUCAUCUAGUGUACUCCCAGAUUCCUGCUGCAGUGAAGCUGACUUAUCAAGAUGCAGUAAACUUGCAGAAUUAUGUAGAAGAAAAGCUCAUUCCCACUUGGAACUGGAUGGUUAGUAUCAUGGACUCUACAGAAGCUCAACUGCGUUAUGGUUCUGCAUUAGCAUCUGCUGGUGACCCUGGGCAUCCGAAUCAUCCUCUCCAUGCAUCUCAGAACUCUGCGAGAAGGGAGAGGAUGACAGCCCGUGAGGAAGCUAGCUUAAGAACACUUGAGGGGAGAAGACGUGCUACUUUACUCAGUGCCCGUCAGGGAAUGAUGUCAGCACGUGGUGACUUCCUGAACUAUGCGCUGUCUUUGAUGCGUUCUCACAAUGAUGAGCACUCAGAUGUUCUUCCUGUUCUAGACGUCUGUUCGCUAAAGCAUGUAGCAUAUGUUUUUCAAGCCCUUAUUUAUUGGAUUAAAGCAAUGAAUCAACAGACGACGUUGGAUACUCCUCAGCUGGAACGGAAAAGAACUAGAGAACUUUUGGAACUGGGUCUGGACAAUGAAGAUUCAGAACAUGAAAAUGAUGAUGACACUAAUCAAAGUGCUACGCUCAACGACAAGGAUGAUGACUCCCUCCCAGCAGAAACUGGCCAAAAUCAUCCAUUUUUCCGACGGUCAGACUCUAUGACGUUCCUUGGCUGCAUUCCACCCAAUCCUUUUGAGGUUCCUCUAGCAGAGGCCAUUCCCCUGGCAGACCAGCCCCAUCUGUUACAGCCAAAUGCUCGCAAAGAAGACCUAUUUGGCCGACCAAGUCAGGGUUUAUAUUCAUCUUCUGCCAACAGUGGGAAAUGCUUGAUGGAAGUAACAGUGGAUAGAAACUGCCUUGAGGUUCUUCCAACUAAAAUGUCUUAUGCAGCCAAUUUAAAAAAUGUUAUGAGCAUGCAGAAUCGGCAAAAGAAGGAAGGGGAGGAACAAAACGUGCCUACAGAAGAAUCCGAGAGUUCAAAGCCAGGGCCUUCAGCACACGAUCUUGCAGCACAACUGAAAAGCAGCUUGUUGGCAGAGAUUGGACUGACAGAAAGCGAAGGGCCACCUCUCACAUCUUUCAGGCCACAGUGUAGCUUCAUGGGCAUGGUUAUAUCUCAUGACAUGCUACUGGGACGCUGGCGCCUUUCUUUAGAAUUGUUUGGUAGAGUGUUCAUGGAAGAUGUUGGAGCAGAGCCUGGAUCGAUCUUGACUGAAUUAGGUGGCUUUGAAGUAAAGGAAUCAAAAUUCCGCAGAGAGAUGGAAAAGCUUAGAAACCAGCAGUCUAGAGAUUUAACGUUGGAGGUUGAUCGGGACAGAGAUCUUCUAAUUCAACAAACCAUGAGGCAACUCAACAAUCAUUUUGGUCGCAGGUGUGCUACCACUCCAAUGGCUGUACACAGAGUAAAAGUUACCUUUAAGGAUGAGCCUGGAGAAGGCAGUGGUGUAGCACGAAGCUUUUAUACUGCUAUUGCACAGGCUUUUUUGUCAAAUGAGAAACUGCCAAAUCUAGAUUGCAUUCAGAAUGCCAACAAGGGUACCCAUACAAGUCUGAUGCAGAGAUUGCGAAAUAGGGGGGAGAGAGAUCGAGAGAGGGAGCGAGAGAGAGAAAUGCGGAGAAGUAGUGGCUUACGAGCUGGUUCUCGGAGAGAUAGGGAUAGGGACUUUAGAAGACAACUUUCUAUUGACACACGGCCUUUUAGACCAGCAUCAGAAGGAAAUCCUAGUGAUGAUCCUGAUCCUCUUCCAGCACAUAGACAAGCCCUAGGAGAAAGGCUCUACCCUCGAGUACAAGCAAUGCAACCGGCUUUUGCAAGUAAAAUCACAGGAAUGUUGUUGGAAUUGUCUCCUGCUCAGCUGCUUCUCCUACUAGCUAGUGAAGAUUCCCUUAGAGCAAGAGUUGAUGAAGCCAUGGAACUCAUUAUUGCACACGGAAGGGAGAAUGGCGCUGACAGUAUAUUGGAUCUUGGGUUACUAGACUCUUCAGAUAAAGUGCAGGAAAAUAGAAAGCGACAUGGUUCCAGCCGCAGUGUAGUAGAUAUGGAAUUAGAUGAUACAGAUGAUGGGGAUGAUAAUGCACCACUCUUCUACCAACCUGGAAAACGAGGCUUUUAUACACCAAGACCUGGUAAAAACACAGAAGCAAGACUGAAUUGUUUCAGAAACAUUGGCAGAAUUCUAGGGUUGUGCUUGUUGCAGAAUGAACUAUGUCCCAUCACGUUAAAUAGACACGUAAUCAAAGUUCUUCUUGGAAGAAAAGUGAACUGGCAUGAUUUUGCCUUUUUUGAUCCAGUUAUGUAUGAAAGCCUUCGGCAGCUUAUCCUCGCUUCCCAGAGUACAGAUGCUGAUGCAGUGUUUGCAGCAAUGGAUUUAGCAUUUGCAAUAGACCUGUGUAAGGAGGAGGGUGGAGGGCAGGUUGAACUAAUUUCAAAUGGUGUAAAUAUACCAGUCACUCCUCAGAAUGUUUACGAAUAUGUCCGGAAAUAUGCAGAACACCGAAUGCUGGUAGUAGCAGAACAACCUCUGCAUGCAAUGAGGAAGGGUCUCCUGGAUGUACUUCCAAAGAAUUCAUUAGAAGAUUUAACAGCAGAAGAUUUCAGACUUCUGGUAAAUGGCUGUGGUGAAGUAAAUGUGCAAAUGCUAAUCAGCUUCACCUCUUUCAAUGAUGAGUCAGGAGAAAAUGCUGAGAAGCUUUUGCAGUUCAAGCGUUGGUUUUGGUCCAUAGUUGAGAAGAUGAGUAUGACAGAAAGGCAAGAUCUAGUUUACUUUUGGACAUCAAGUCCAUCAUUGCCUGCCAGUGAGGAAGGAUUCCAACCUAUGCCUUCAAUCACAAUAAGACCACCAGAUGACCAACAUCUUCCUACAGCAAACACUUGCAUUUCUCGCCUUUAUGUCCCGCUCUAUUCCUCUAAGCAGAUUUUGAAACAGAAAUUGUUACUCGCCAUUAAGACCAAGAAUUUUGGUUUUGUGUAGAGUAUAAAAAGUGUGUAUUGCUGUGUAAUAUUACUAGCUAAGUUUUGUAGAUUUUUCCAUUUGUCUAUAAAAGUUUAUGAAAGUUAAUGCUGUCAUACCCCUGGUGGUACUUUAAAGAUAAAAUGCAAACAUUCCUGUACUAAAUUUGUAACGUAAAGGCUGAAGGAGCACUAGCAAUAUCUGAUUGUAACAGUUUGCUAGUCAAUAACUUCUUGGCCUAACCCCAGCCAAAGAUGACAGCAGAACAAUAUAAUUUACACUGUGAUUUAUCUUUUUGCUGAGGGAAAAUAUGUAAAAUGUUCUGAAAAUUCACUGCUGCCUUUGUGGAAAGUGUUUCAGCAAAGGUUCUUGUAUAGAGGGAGUAGGGAAUUUCGAAAUAAAAAAUUAAGUAUGUUCUGUGUUUUAUUUUAACUUUUUUAUGGUGUUUAAUUUGUGGUUGGCUGCAGUUGUGUAUCAUGUAUAUUGAACUUGUAAAAAGUUCCUGGCAACUCAGAUCUCAGACUUGGGAUCAUUCACUUAUGAAACCACUUUCAUUGCAAUUUUUUUUCUGGUUGCAUUGAACUCUGGCACAUCAGAUACCAUCACUAAUAUUUUGCAUGUAAUCUGUACCUUAGUGGGGGUUUUUUUGUACAUAUGAUGAGGCCAAUGCACAGUAUUUCAUAGUUCACAAUCAACAUUUUUUGUAUCCCUAUUUCAGUGAACAGACAGUCAGGAGAUUGUUCCACUACCAGUUCUAACCAGACACUUGUAUUACGUUAUCUUAACUAUGUAAACUCAGCCUGGGCACUUUCUGGUAACUGUAAAAUGUUUAUAAGAUCAUGAUAUUGAAGAUACAUUUUGGAAAACUUUAAUGUUCGUGAGCAGCUUAACUUCUUUUGUAUCUAGCCUUUUUUAAGUAUCUUGUUACAGUUUUUUAAUAAAGAAAUUACAGACAAAAUACCAAGUCAUAUCGAAGAAACAAUAGUUUUUAUUUAUUUAGCCAUUUAUACUUUAGCUAACAGCAUACACCAAACACAGUAGUUCAUGAAAAAUCUGAAUUUUAUAACUGAAAAAUUGACCUGCGGAAGACAUUCAGCCCACAUUUUACAGUUAGCAGAGAAUCCUGAAUGAAAUGGGCCAGGCAACACCUUCUUUUCACAGAAUUGGUUUGAAGGGAAAGUGCCUUGCUCUGAAAAACCUUAAGGUCCUUAGGCUAGAAUAAAAUUUUAACUGCAUUGUAGUGGGUUCUACUGUAUGUUCCCUUUUAAAGUGGUUGGUUUUGGGGAGGGCAGUCUUUGAGCAUAACCUAGGACUUGCUUUCCCUAAUGCAUGAGGGUGGUGGAUUUUUUGGUUUUGUUUUUUGAGAGCUAGGAAGUGAUUGAUAAAGGAAGGAGCUUUUUUUUUUUUUUCUAUAUCAUUACAAAAAUCUGAAAGCUUAGUGGACUGCAGUAUAGAAGAUUAAAGGUUUUUGUGGUGAUCUCCCUCUUUCUCUGCUUCUGUAACCCUUUAAGUCCAUGUUAGUGAUUUUCUUCUUUUCGUUGGGGAGAGCUAAAGUAAGAUUCCAUCAAAAUCUGUAUGGAAUUCAGCUCUGCCAAAGCUCUACUGGAUUUUUCACUGAGUCAGCUAAUUGGGGGUGUCCAGAAUUUACUUAACUGUGGGGUUUGGGGUUUUUUUUCUUUGUGUUUUGUUUUUUAAAAAAAUUUCAUAAUUUAUUUAGUUGCUAAAGAUAGGCAGUACAGUACAGGUCAGAAGUUCUGAUCACCACUUGCCAAAUUGAUCCUGAAAACAUUUUCUAAAUAAAGGUGACUGUUCCAGGCUUGUGUAGUUAAACUGCAAAUAAAUCAAGUAAACAGAUGUAGAAUUAUUUCUGCAUGUACUGAUACUUCCUAAAUCAAUCGUCCUCACAAAGGUUAGUUUUAAUGUAUGGGAAUUAGAGUCUAUUUUGGAUUUAUUGUUGUGACCUUUGGUGUAUAUUAAGUUCAAAAUUAUAUCAGGUUUUAUUAUGCUAGUAUGAAUUUAAAAAAAAAAAAAAAAAAAGCAGUACAGCUACACAAGUCUAGAUACAGCUGGUAUUAGUAUAGAGAUUUAUACUGGUAUGUAUAGCUGUUCUCAUAUUCUAAAGAGAAUAGUGAUAAAGGUACAAAGCAACAUAAACCUUAUGCCUGGAUUUCUAACUGGUGUAAUUAUUUCCAUUACCAAAAACGCCUCUUAACUGAAAUGUGUAAAGUUAGUAGAAAGCAAAAAAAGAAACUGUUUUUAGAAUAGGCCUCAAAUCUACAUUUUGUAAAAUAAAAGUUCCCUUUCUCACAAAGCUUUGUGAGACCUAAUGAUGUAUUUUAAAAAAUAUCCAAGAUCCUUGGAUGAAAGGCCAUAUAUAAAUGUAAAGUACUGUGUGUAUAUAUAUAUAUAUAUGUAUUGUGUGUAUAUGUAUAUAAGUGUAUGUGUAUGUAUAACAUAUAAAUAUAUGUUAUAUGUAUAUAUAUUUCUGUAUAUAGCUUAAACAUUUUUUAAAAUCCUGUAAUGUAUAGCUAGACAAAAAUUACGCAGGUUAACUCACAGUAGCUCACCAUAUAUACACACACAAGGCAUUUUGAUGACGUAAGUGGAGAGGGAACCUAGAAUGGUUUAUGCUGUCAUUGACUUGAAAUGUGUAUGUAGCUUUAUAAAUAGCUUUUUUUCCUCUGUAUGGUAUAUUUAAACUAUAUCAAGAUUUUAAUAAGAAAAAUGUUUAUUAAAAUCAUACACCUCA